AGACACCUGAUGGAUUGAUACAUUGUUUGGACUCACAAAUUGGGAGCCAAUAACAUUCAACUUGUUCAUUUGAGUCUGUUUUGGAUUUUAAAAAAAUAUCUAGCUUCUCUUGUGUUUAAAUUGUUUGAAUUUCUGACUAUUAAUUAUCAUCAUGUACAAUGGAAUCGGUUUACAAACCCCUCGAGGUAGUGGUACCAAUGGAUAUGUCACCAGAAAUUUAGCUCACAUCCAUAAACAAAAGGACAAAGUUGGUCACAAAACUGAAGAGGAAGAUCCUAAAAAAUACGAUGAUCUUUUACCAAAACCUAUUAACCCAGAGAUAUUGGACCAUCAGCGUAAAAGGAAAAUUGAGCUGAAAUGCGUUGAACUCGAAACUCAGAUGGAAGACGAAGGAUGCACUCAGGAAGAAAUCGACAAGGCAGUUGCAAGGUUACGGGAAAAAUUGAAAGCAAGAGAAGCCAAGGAAGCGAAAAAAAGAUAGUCAAGAUGCAUCACAUUUAUAACACUCACAACACGAAGUAAAUUUAUUAUUACUGAUUUAUAAAGCUUAAUCGGUUCAAAAAAUUUCAUCCAAUAAAUAUUUUUCGUUGUAGAA